AUGGUUCUUCAUCUAUCACGCUCAACACGGCUGAGAGUUGUGAUUGGUAUAUCGACAUGUUUCUUUCUAGCUGAGAUUUCGGUUGGCUUCUAUGCCCACUCUAUUUCUCUGAUUGCAGAUGCUUUCCACUAUCUGAAUGAUUUAGCUGGGUUCAUUAUUGCCCUUUUUGCAUUGAAGGUACUGUGUACUUUGGCAUUUGAAUGCGUGAAAUCCGAGCGCAGUGAGUCGCCUAAGGAGCUUACUUUUGGUUGGCAGCGGGCUCAGCUGCUCGGUGCCUUUUUUAAUGGUGUUCUGCUAUUUGCACUGGGUAUUGGUAUAUUUUUGCAGUCCGUUGAGCGAUUUGUUGCUAUACAAAAUGUUCAUAACCCCAAGUUGAUAUUCAUCACUGGGUGUAUCGGAUUGGGCCUGAAUAUUAUUAGUGCAGUCGUCCUUCACGGUACGGUUAAUGGGGUCGUUGUUAAGUAUCAUGCUAAUAGUGCCCAGAACAUGGACAUGGGCAUGGACAUUCACACCGUCAUGAUCAUAGCCUGUCACCUAUGUGUAAGCAUGUUCAUUGCCAUCCUUAUUAUUCUAUCAUCUUUCCCUCUGAUGCGCCGAUCUGGAGUGAUUCUGCUAGAGAGCGUUCCCACGGGGAUUGACAUGGGCGAUAUUCAACACGACUUAGAAAGGAUCAAGGGUGUUAACUCAGUUCACGAGCUCCACAUCUGGUGCCUCAAUCAACAAAAAAAUCUCGCCUCAGUGCACGUUGUCGUGUCUGAGGACUCGGUAGAGGACUUUAUGAAGACAGCGCGCGUAAUCAAUGAGUGUUUCCACGCCUAUGGAAUCCACUCAAUUACAUUGCAGCCCGAGCUAUCGGAGGAAGUUGAUGAGGUGUUGCCUGGCUCUCCCCGGUGCCAGGUUACCUGCGGGACAAUGACCAUGUCUCUCCAUCAACCAGCCAAGUGGUCGAGCAGUAACUCGACCAUCACAUCUUCCUUGGUCUAG